AUGUCAGCCUCAAUCCGCUCCCUCAGACUCGCCCAGCGAGCACCGCAAACACUCUCGCGUGCGACACGCGCCUCCAUUCGCCCCAGUACACCAACAGCAGCAACCCAGCAAAAACGUCUCCUCAACACGGAAAGCGCACCCGUCCUGUAUUCGGCCCGCGCCAAGGUCGUCGGCGCACGCACGGGCCAUGUCCAGGGCGACGACCUCGUCGUCGACCUGACCAUGGCGAAGGCCCUGGGCGGUCCCGGGGACAAGGGAAAGACGAACCCGGAGGAGCUGUUUGCGGCGGGGUACGGAGCGUGUUUCCAGAGCGCCAUGAACGCGUCGGCGACGAGCAUGAAGAUCAGGAUGCCCAAACGGCCCGAGGAUUCGGUGGUGGAGACGACGGUGCACCUCGUGGGGGACAUGAAGAAGCUCGAUAUGGGGUUGCGUGUGGACAUGAAGGUGCGGGUGAAGGGGCUGAGCGAUGAGGAGGUGCAGAAGGUUGUGGACAAGGCGAAGGAGGUUUGUCCUUACAGCCGGGCUACGGCGGGGAAUGUGGCGACUACGAUUGAGGUUGUCAAAUUUGAGGAGGAGGCGGAGGGGGGCGGCUCGAAGAAGGCUUCUUCUGGCGGCUCUGGGGGCUCUGGUAAGAUGUCUGGCGUUGAGCCGAAGGGGCAUAGUGAUUAUCAGUGA